UUCCGCUAAGCGCAGUCAGCUGGAGCUCGAGUUGAAGAGGGCGCCGUUUAUCUGUGAGGACACCUCUUUCAGUCACUCCUGGGGGAAUACCGGAGCGAAGCCAGCGAGCGGGAUGCCGUACAUGUUCGUCAGCACACAGAUUCGACUGGAGAACGGUCCGACAAAUGUGGGGGAUGAAUUUUCGGAUCCAGUGGUCAUGAAUUACCUGGGAGCGUUGAAAACGACUAUGCUGGGGAACAAUUUUUCCGAGUAUCACGUGGAUGACCCGCCUCGCCUGGUGCUGGACAAGCUGGAGAAGAUUGGCUUCCGUGUGGUGUCCAUGACAGGUGUGGGACAGACACUGGUGUGGUGUCUUCACAAGGAGAUGGAGUGAUGGAUCACAAAGAUACUGUACUGGGAGGGCGGGUACUUGUAUAAGCCUUUAAAGGGGUAAAUGAAUUCUGCAGAAUAUCCCUGUUUCUACUCUAUACAUUCUACAUUCAAGAUAUUGGCAGCUAUAAAGUAACGCCAUAGUCAAACAAAAGUAAAGUUGAGAUUAUCCCUUACAUAAGGUCUCAGAUUAGAUGAUAGGUCACCAGAUUCAGGGGAUUACUGAAACUACAGGGGUUUGCCUUUGUCAAUACUGUUUAGCACUGGUGAUACAGUGUAGUGACCAGAGUAGAUUUAUCCUGAACCAAGCCUCACUUUUUUUCUAAUUAAAACACUAGAAACAUUUGUACAUGCAUCGCUGUGUAAAGACAAUUUUUUUUUAAAACGUGUUUCUAACUUAAUGAUGUCAUUAUGUGGAUUGUGUACUUAUUAUUAAAAGUAAUCAGUUUAAACAGAAUUGAACAUAAUGUGUAAUCGUCUGAAAAUCUGUAAAACAGAUGCAUACAGGACAUCAAAAAUAAAACACGAUAAACAUUAUUGUUACUUGUCGUGGGCUGUUACAGCUCUGUGGGGCAUUACAGGGUCUCUACACGUUUGAAGAUGAGACUCUAGUGUCGCAGGAACACUGAGAGCAGAAGUCUGGCUGCGAGAGCCAAAACACUCUGGGUGGUUUCAUUACAGCCUCGGGUCUGCCAACAAAUGUCUGGGGCCAGCCCGGAUCGCUAGCCCGCAAACCAGAAACGCUGCCAACUAGCUCACAGCCAAACUCUUACCAGACCUGCUGCCUCACACAUGACUUAGCAUCUACCUCCCUGCUAAAGAUCAAAAGGAGACGGUGCUUCCCAGUUCUGUUACCACAGACAUUCCAGAUACUGUUUGGGUACACCACAGUGACUGCUUCGACACAGACAAUGUGAGGAAAAUGGGAAGCAACGAGAUACCGUGAGGAUUCCGUGCCGCUGCCAUAAUUGGUGAUAUGACUGAGCAACAAGCUCAUCCAUCCUGGUUUGCAUGCAGCACAAGCCACUGUGGGCUUGGGGCAGAGUUGGUGGCGAAUGCAUUUCCUGUGACUGUAUUUCCUUGUGUCAUUUGGACAGAGUUUGUGUGUUCCCCUUGUUUGUUUUUUUCUUUUGUUCACAUUGCUGGGAUAUUGAAAGCAGCUAUGCAUAAACAAAACCAUGUGAUGAGGGGAUUUUGCUGGAGGAGAGGUGCAGAUGUCUCCCAACACACCACUGCUUGUGCUCCACAGCUGGACAUUGUGUAACAGCCACGGUGAGGCGGUGCAGGAGUGGCGGGGAGAUGGAUGGCUAGAUUGGAUGUUUCGAAGCUGCACUGUGGCUCCUAAAUAACACAAUGACAGGAGAAAGCACCGCCACACAGGCCUGCAAAUGCAGACACGCGAUUAUGCAAUAGUUUUCCCCCCAAAGGGAACAGGGAAAAAAACAGACUGUUCGAACCUUGUUACAAAACCCAGGGGUGACCACAGUAGUCUGGCACAGUAAGGCUUGCCUUUAUGUGGGUCACAGAGAGGUAGCACGUCACUUCAGAGAACUUAAAUGAGCAAUACAGAAUCUUCUGGAUACGUAUUACAUAAGCCUAUUGCGCAACAGUUUGCUUGUAGAACAACAAAAUCAGAAGUGUGAGAAUUUGUUUUUGAGGCCACUGUCAGAAAAAGAACACCAAAUUUCUAGCUUUAAUUUACGCUGGUUAAUGAGUUAUGACGCGAUCCAUGAAAGCCAAGGGUGGAGUGGGGCGAGUGAAAUAGAAAUGCUGUGUUUGGUUGCACUGAAACAAGCUCAGCUCUUCAUCAAGAGGGUGGGCUUUAAAUUAAUGAUUAAAACAAUGGUGCAUUGGUUUUGAAAAAAAAAAGCAAAACUUCAUCAACAGUUGGAUGAUAGGAAGACUGAUAAAUCUUGUGUCUGUGGGUUCAGGCCUAAGCCAGAGCCAAAUUGGAGGGGGGGUUAUGCGUCGGACUGUUUCUUGGCUCAGACCAGUAACUUCCCAGAGUCUCCACUGGUUACCUCACAAUGACGGCAUGACUCCAGAAAGUCAUCUGCCAAGAAAUAGUUCAGCACCUAACAGCCUGUCAGAGUGUUGCUUUUAUUUUUUUUUACAAUUAGACUUACCCACAAUAAAGAUGUGUUAAUUAGUGGGCUUUAAAGCAGCUAGGAAUGUAAGCAGGUGUUAAAGUGGGAUUUGGCAGGUGGGGGAACCCUAAGACUGGGUGUAGCCGUGUAACGUGGUGAAAAGAACUACUUAGAAAUAAGUCACAUAAGCUGUUUUGUGGCUUCCAGUGAUAUUUUCUGUACAGACUGGGAUGAUCCGACAUUUUGCUGCUACUAGGAUAUUCACUGCUUUUUGUGGAUUUAGCCAAACGAAUUCAUGAAAAUAUACUCGGAUGUUUCAUGAUCUAUAUGGCUGAUUUCCACCCCAUAGACACAAUAAAGCUAGUAUGAAAGAUAGACUUCAGAAAGUAAAUAUAAAUUCGUCGAUCAAAAUAAAUUGAUGUCUGCAAUCGCUGAUGCAACCAAGUAACAGUAACCGAGAUGUAACCAGUACAACUUCGUGCAUCACUGCAAACUAACAGUUCAGCUUGCACUAAACUGCCCGGUGUUUUCAUGCAGCCUUUGAAUAACACAAAAUUUAGUGCGCUAUAGUUAGUUUUGCAAGAUGUUUCAUGAAAACAUAAUUUAGCGAAAAACGUGAUGUAGAAAGCCGAUAUCUGAUUUUAAAAAGUGUAAAGCGUAUCAGGACAUCACAUUUAAAUAUUAAAUUUCAAGUUUAUCAAAUGUCACUUGCUGAGCAGUGCUCACCUUUGGGGAAAAAAGUUUAAAAAAAUUAACUUAUUCAACAAUAAUAGCCAUUAACUUGCCAAUCAGAUUUAAUUAAUUACGUUAAAGCCUGAGUAUUGUUAUAUAAAUAGUAAUAAAAUGUUAUCUGCUGUGCCAACAUGUUGCUAUGUAGCUAUGACUAAUUUGAAGGGUUUUUGGACUUAUUCAGUGUUUUGUAACAAAAAGGUUACAGUAGACAAAAAAUAUAAUUUUGUGUUAUUAUACAUUUAGUAACCUUCUCACUGCUCACAUUUAUCUUUAUCUGAGGGUCUUCUCGACAGUGACAGUGAAAGUACUUCACGCAAUUCACCUCAGCCAAAGUCACUAAUAUAUUAAGGCAUUUUCUUUUAUGUUGUAUAUGUACUGCGGAGCAGAGCUGUCAAACUCAUUUUACAUUGUGGACCACACACAACCCACUUUGAUAUGAAGGGCCAGACCAGUUCAGUUUUAUUUAUAUAGCACUGUGAUGGCAAGCCACACAGGGCGAGCUCCACACCUCAACACUCGUUGCUUCACUUUAGUUAACUUUGCAGUCGCUACUUUAAAUAUAUUCUACUUAUUGUCCAAUAUAUUGUUUCUUCUCUUUUCCGUCACACCUUCCAAUGUUUAUAUGGCAUGCACACAUAUUAACACUGCAAUAUCAAAGUUCUGUUUUAUGUUAUAUUAAUAUAUCUUUCUUUCUUUGAGUUUGGUUUCUCCUUCCUGGUUGGCAAAAGGUGUGGCAAAGGGCUGGAAGAGCUGAAGUACUGCUGACAGCCUAAUUGGACAAAACCACAUGCUUCAUUGCCUGGGGGUUGUUUCAAGUUUGUUUAAUUGUUUUGUAUUAGUUGGUUAUACUCGCCCUAUGACAGCUGGGAUAGGCUCCAGCGCC